AUUAAAGAGUACUUGCAUCAAUCCCAUUGAGGUUCCUCUUCAUCUUCCAAUGAGUAAAGAUAGACAGAUUGAUUCAGCAAUUGUUCAUCCAUCCGUUGCUCUUCUGCAAGAAAGGUUCAGACAGUUGGAGAGAGCCAAGGAGAUAAGGCAAGAGAAAGUUUUUAGCUUAUGGAUGUUGCCUAAAUCAAGGCAGAUCAAUGCAACUAUGCCUUAUGUGCCAUGCAGAUCGCUUUUCCACCCUACACUCAUGCUUCAGUCAGAUCUGCCUCUUCAGUGUAUAGUCAAAAGAGAAGCCAGUCUACAAGGCAGGAAUACCCAGGUUCAGGCCGUUUAGACUCCAAUAUUGGAGAAUUUAUGGUCCAGAGACACUGUCAUAUGCAUGUUUAUCUGCUCAAAACGAACAGCACUAAGCUUUUGGGCAUUUGCAGCUAAUAUCUGCACCAGGGACCACAUUUCACUCACAUUAAUCAGUAAUUCAAUUGUGUGCUCAAGAUUUAGAAUUAUUAGCCUAUACAGUUAUCACAUGGAUAAUUUAUUUUCCAGAAAAAAAUGUUUAAACUUGAA